AUGUUGGAGAUGCUUGAAUACAGCCAUUACCAGGUGAGAUGUGCUACUGAACUGUUUUUUUGGUUUGGUUUUCUAUCAGGAUGCAGUAUUACUAUAUUUAUAGUAUAUUACGUACUAUGUUUGUUCUGAAGAUUCUAAUAAUAUAACAGAGAUGUUCCCUAAUCAAUGACAAGUGUGUUGUAUAAUUGACUGUCAUUGAGUAAUAUAAAUAGAGGUGUAUAAUUGGAGGCUCUGAUUGAAAUUAUUUGGUCCAUUGUUUCUGAUUGUGUCUUAUCCAUAUGUAUUGAUCUUCAGGCAUUCGUUCUAGUCUGAAGAUCAAUCCACACAAUCUCAAAGAUCUAUAUUGUGAGACAACAUUUUACAAAGCCACAUUUCAGUGGAUAACUAUGCGUUUACAUAGGAUAAGAUGACUACUUCAAUACUGACAUUGAACAAAACUAACUUAUUAAAAAUGUUAUUCGUCUUCCAUGUCUCUCCUUUUCCCCCAACAAGGUACAGACACAUCUGGAGAACCCCACCAAGUACCACAUCCAGCAGGCCCAGAGGAAGCAGGUGAGGCAGUACCUGUCUGCCACCCUUGGGGGUAAGCCUGGCAGCCAGGCCAGCAGCCUACAGUGCCCCAGCCAGCCCCCGGAGCACGGGAUGCCCCCCGGCCCAGGCAGCAGUGCCCCCAACAGCCCCAUGGCCCUGCUGACCCUCAGCUCCAACUGCGAGAAGGAGGUAGGCAUAACAGAGAUGACACAGAGAUCCAAUGUACCAUUCACCCUGGUUUCUCAUUUGGAUUUCACAGUGGAUUUAUAAUUAACUUCAUGAAUAUGGCAAAUUGGGUACAAAAUACAUGUAGAUUUCUGGUACCUCUUUCAAUGUUGUCUAUCAGAACAUUAUUUUAAUACAAAUCUGGUACUAUAGGUUUGUUUCUAAUGUGUUUUUCAUCAUUAUUACAGAUGGACGAUGUCAUUGAUGACAUUAUUAGCUUGGAAACAAGUUAUAAUGAGGAUAUUUUUGGACUUAUGGACCCAGGACUCCAGGUUACUAAUACAGUAAGUUGACAUCCUUUACAAUUUAAACUACUUUUUCAAGUGUUAAGUGCAAUAGCUACAGGCCCUACAACACAUUUACUGAAAAGGAACUACGUAUUUUUAUGCUAUAGAAUAUAAAUAUCUUUCUUACAUUGCAUUGCAAUGGUUGAAUGUUCUGUUCAUUUCCUCAGCUCCCUGUAUCUGGUAACCUUCUGGACAUGUAUGGAAAUCAAGUGCUUCCCCCAAAUGGACUUGCCAUCAGUAACUCCUGCCCUGGUAGCUUAUCCAACAUCAAAAGGGAAUUCUCAGGUAAAUGUUUUUUGUCUACCAGGUAUAACGCAUUAUUUACCCAACACCCUCAGCAAAGCAGCUCCAUAUUAACUAUUUCAACCCUUUCAAAUUCAAAAAUAUUUAAAGAUGAUUAUAUUCCAUUUUUGAAACCAUUGUAGUGAUAUACUAACAGUUAAAGAAGCAAAGAUGCAUAAAUAUUGUGUGCAAUUUGUAAAAUGCAUAAAUAUACUGUUAAAUUGAUCAAAUAAUGUACCAAUACUCCAGCUCCUGGUAUGAUGCACGUACUGGACAAUGCUGGAUCCUAUGGCCAGUUUGACAACUACCAAAGGCCCGAGGGCUUUCCAGUUGGUACGUUGUUACUAGAUUUUCAUAUAUUUAAGCCAUUGUUCAUUUGAAUUUUUUUAAUACAUUUAUGAAACUAUUUUCAUGGCGGCUCACUAAUGUACCUGAACUAAAAUGCCAGUGGGAAUUCAUUAUAAUCUAUCUCAGAUUGGAUAUUUUGUGUCUGUAAUAUUAAAUGCAGCAUUACAGGCCUCUGUGAAGUAUUUUGUGUAUAUUGAAAAAUUUCACACAAUAUGGAUCUAUAUACUGUCUCAGUAAAAUUGUAGCAAAGAUACCUAAUGGGUAACAUGAAUGGUAUUUAGCUAGAAAAUGGUUGUAAUCAUCUUGAGUAUGUAUGGAAUAGGACACCUUCUUUUGUCACUCAAAAGUGUUUCCCUUCCGCCCAGAAGCUGAGGUCCGAGCGAUGGCCAAGGAGAGGCAAAAAAAGGACAACCACAACUUAAGUGAGUUUCUAUGGCAAAGAGGAGCAGUCAGUUUUUUGGGAUACAUUGGUAUUUUUCAAGAGUUGAUUUGCAGAUGUCCUCACAUGAUACUAUAACUGAUUCCUUAUUUUUGUCUCUUCACCCUGUAGUUGAACGAAGGAGAAGGUUCAACAUCAACGAUCGAAUCAAAGAGCUUGGAACCCUGAUUCCUAAGUCAAAUGAUCCGUAAGUAGCACAGUUUAUACCACAUUUGGAUAUUCAUAGUUUUUAUCUACCAAAAAUCAGUUUAAGGAUCAGCUGCUUAGUUGCUACAUGUAUGCACUGGUUGUAGCGUGUUGUCUCCUGCGGUCCCUAGGGACAUGCGCUGGAAUAAGGGCACCAUUCUGAAGGCCUCAGUGGACUACAUCAGGAAGCUGCAGAGGGAGCAGCAGAGAGCUAAGGAGGUGGAGCUUAGACAGAGGAGGCUGGAGCAUGCCAACCGCCAUCUGAUGCUGCGCAUACAGGUACGCCAGUCCAGAGGGCAUAGCACAGGGGCGCCUUGAGGGAAAACCUUUGUACUUCUGUACUUUAAUACUCUUUGGAAUGUGUACUUUAAUAGUCUUGGGUUAAUGUGUUUUCUGUGUGUUUCUGUGUAGGAGUUGGAGAUGCAGGCGCGGGCUCAUGGUCUUGCGAUUCUGCCGUCGUCUUCCCUCUGCUCCUCUGAGCUGAUGGCCCGAGCCAUCAAGCAGGAGCCCAUCCUAGGAGACUGUCCCUCAGACCUGUACCAGCAGCCAGGUCCCGACAUGUCCCCUCCCACCACACUGGACCUCAACAACGGUACCAUCCACUUUAACGACAGCCCUGUGGAUGCAGGUGACCCAGGGGCAUAUGGCUCCAGCAAAGCAUCCACUAAACUGAAGGACAUUCUAACGGACAACACCCUGUCGCCCAUAUCAUCCAAUGAUCCCCUUCUGUCCUCAGCUUCCCCAGACACCUCCAACAGCAGCAGCAGGCGUAGCAGCAGCUCAAGCAUGGAGGAGAAUGAUCAUGGUUGUUAG